CACUCUUUAAAAAAUCUGAUAAUUCUGCUUAAAUCUUCGCAGUAAUUUCGCAGAAUUUGUUGCUUGGCAAUCAAUUCAUAUCUUGUUUGAUCCUCGCUGUGUAAAUACGUUGACGCUGGUGCAUGCCCGUGCACGCUAUAAUAGGAGCUGGAAUUGAGUUCAUUUUGGUGGGGAAAUUAGGGUUUGGCUGUGUUGAUCGACAAGGGCGGAAGUUGAGAUGUUGACUGCGGAUGCAGAGGAGAGAUCGUCGCGGAUUGUGGAUGAGAUGUUUGGCGCGGAGGAUGAAUGCGACGACGUUUACAUCGACCUCGAUCAUUUCUGGGAAGUUAUGGGAGCUCCGGCUUCGCCUUCGCAGGGUAAUAUAGUGGAAGAUCUAUCUUCUAUUGAUGUCCCACAAGAUUCUAGGACUGGAAGUUCAGAUGGCAUCUCAGAAUCUGCAGCGACUUCUGCUAUUGUGGGCGCUGGAAUGCAAGAACCUUCUUCUCAGUUUGGUAUUGUUGAUCACAAUUGCUCCAGAACUGUCACUGACGAUAUAUCUGUCCAAGAAAAUGGCCUUUCUUAUAGUUGUAAGGUUGGUGGUCCCCAAACACCAUCAUCAUACAGCCAAAAUGAUGGUGGUAGAGCUCCAUCUGGCAUGUCCAAUCAUAGUGACCCAUUGUGUUCGUAUAGUAUGGGUCAUGUUAACCAUGAUAAGGAUCUGAUUGAAUACUCUAGGCUAAAUUUUCACUACGAAACAGAAAAUAACGAAAAAACUUACCAUGGAACUCUUGCUGCAGACCAGGAGGAUGUCUCAGUUAUUGAUCGAUAUGGGAUUUCUCUUGACGUUUCCCAUAAUGAGUCCAGUUCUUGUGAAAUUAAUAUGGCCGACAUUCCAGAUUUAACUUCUGAAAAUGGUGGCAUGCACCUUUUCUGCUCAGAUGGUCCAUCCUAUGCUUCUCUUAGCUCUGGCUUUCAAUCCUUGGCUUGUGAUGGAGGUAGAACGGUCAAUUCUAUGGAUGAAGGAGAAAAUUUUUGUGACGGCUUCAUUAAUGGAAUGCCUUAUGUGGAUGUGGCUGCUUCCCAAGUUGGAUUCAACUAUUCUAGUGACAUGAGUACAUUGCAGGAUGAGUCAAAAAAUAUUUCUCCUGUUUCUUUGUCAUGCAUUUUCAGCAAAUCCCGGGGUAAUACCAAGGUCAGGAAAAAUGUGGAAUCAUUUAUAUCUACUGAAAUCAUUUCUAGGGCAUCUGAAGUAGUUGACAUAGCCCGCAGGAAAUAUCAUGGGGAUGCAAGUAAGCAGCCCUCUGCAACUAGUAUACCAUGGUCUUCAUCUGGUUCCUUCUCUUCGACUCCAUGUGAGAACUAUGUUUCCUGCAAAACGGAAGAAAAUGAGGACGUGCUUUUGAACAGUGAUUUCCUUCGCUGGGGUAUGGUUGGUCAGACUAACACCCAAAAAUUGGCUAUUGGUGCUCGGGAUGGUAAUUCUGCUCUUCUGGUGUCAUGUCAAACUGGCAUGUGGCCAUUAGCUUCAGUCAAGGCAGAAACGAAUUUUCAAAAGACGGAAAUUGAGGCCCCAGAAUUCAACAAUUUUUAUCUUCCUAACACCAAUUACCAAAGGGUUCAGAGUAACACGAUGGAGCCUAUUAAUCUCGAUGAUGACUACGAUCUUUGUAUUCUUGAGGAUAUGAGUACACCAGCAGUAGCCUCAAAGCCUGUUACAUUGAAUGGAAAGUCAUUUGCUGCUUCACAAUAUUCAACAUCUAUAGACCAUGUUGACCAGAUGACAAUGGGGCAUUCAAGGCCUAGACCAAAUGAUGAACGGGUUAUUUUUCAAGUUGCCAUGCAGGAUCUCUCUCAGCCAACAUCAGAAGCUCUUCCACCUGAUGGUUUGUCUGUGACUCUUAUGAAACACCAGCGAAUUGCUUUAUCCUGGAUGGUUAACAAAGAGACGGAAGGUGCAUGUUGUUCUGGUGGGAUUCUUGCGGAUGAUCAGGGACUUGGGAAGACGGUGUCAACUAUUGCAUUGAUACUAAAAGAGAGGUCACCUUCUUCCAAAGCACCGACAGCUAAUAUGAAACAAUGUCAAAUGGAGAUGUGUGAUCUGGACGAGGACAAUGAAACUUCUGAUACUUACCAUGUGGAGGAUACUUGUGAGGUUAAUGGUUACAAGACUAACAUACAAACAAAGGGUAGACCACCUGCUGGAACCCUUAUUGUAUGUCCUACAAGUGUUCUCCGGCAGUGGUCUGAAGAGUUGUUCAAUAAAGUGACUAGGGAAGCCGAUCUUUCUGUUCUAAUCUACCAUGGUGGCAGCCGCAUAAAGGAUCCUCUUGAGCUUGCUAAGUAUGAUGUGGUGAUUACAACAUAUGCUAUUGUUAGCAUGGAGGUGCCAAAGCAGCCUGCUGUUGAUGAGAAUGAUGAUCAAUUUGGUACCCCCUUUCAAGGAUGCUCAUCUAGUAAAAAGAGGAAGUCACUUGAAACUGCGUCUUCUAAGAAGUCAGCUAGGAGUAAGAAGAGUAAAAAACAAAUUGACAAUGAAUUAUUUGAAACUCUAUCAGGCCCUCUUGCCAAGGUUGGAUGGUAUAGGGUUGUAUUGGAUGAGGCUCAAACCAUCAAAAACCACAGAACUCAAGUAGCUAGGGCUUGCUGGGGACUUCGUGCUAAGCGUAGGUGGUGCUUAUCUGGGACACCGAUUCAGAAUGCGAUAGAUGAUCUUUAUAGCUACUUUAGAUUUCUCAGGCACGAACCUUAUGCUACUUUUACAACUUUCCGCGAACAUCUUAAGUCACCAAUCAAUAGGAAUCCGAAGGUUGGGUACAAAAAACUGCAAGCAGUGCUGAAGACUAUCAUGUUGCGUCGAACGAAAGGUACUUAUAUUGAUGGAGAACCAAUUAUUGAUCUACCACCGAAAACUAUAGAACUGAAACGGGUUGAUUUCUCCAUGGAGGAGCGCAAUUUCUAUUGCAGACUUGAGGCUGAUUCACAGGCGCAAUUUGCUGAAUAUGCAAAAGCAGGGACAGUCAAACAGAACUAUGUGAACAUAUUACUAAUGCUUCUGCGGCUUCGACAGGCUUGUGACCACCCUCUUCUUGUUAGGGGGUUCGGUUCUACUUCACAAAUGAGUUCCUCUGUUGAGAUGGCUAAGAAUUUUCCCCCGGAGAAAACCAUCUUCCUUCUGAAUUGUUUGGAAGGCUCUUUAGCAAUUUGCGGGAUAUGCAGUGAUCCACCUGAAGAUGCUGUAGUAACUGCCUGCGGGCAUGUCUUUUGCAACCAGUGCAUUUGUGAGCAUAUGAUUGGUGAUGACACCCAAUGUCCCAAAAAGAAUUGCAGAACUCGCCUUACUUCUUCACACAUAUUUUCUAUCACCACACUAAGGGAUGCUAUAUCGAAUAACCCAAAUCACACCUUGAAUUGCUCUGAUUCCAAGCUUGCUAAAGUUUCGGAAUCUUGUUCUUCAAGCUAUCCAGAAGGUUCAUCCAAAAUCAAAGCUGCUCUGGAGCUCUUGACGUCUUUGUCUAAGCCACAUGAUCCUGCCUUCAAACCCACAGAAGGAUAUUCAGAUUUGUUGCAUGGUUACGAUUCAGUGGGGAAAAAUCGAACUCCAGUCAUAAAAGCUGCGGGGGAGAAGGCAAUUGUGUUCUCCCAGUGGACACGAAUGUUGGAUUUGCUUGAAGAGUAUUUGAAAAGUUCGUCCAUUCAAUACCGCAGACUUGACGGAACAAUGCCUAUUUCUGCCAGAGACAAUGCAGUGAAAGAUUUCAAAAGCAUUCCCCAGGUUACUGUCAUGAUCAUGUCUCUGAAAGCCGCUAGCCUGGGACUGAACAUGGUGGCUGCUUGCCACGUCAUCCUCCUGGACCUCUGGUGGAAUCCAACGACUGAAGAUCAAGCGAUAGAUAGAGCACAUCGUAUUGGACAGACACGCCCGGUCUCAGUUUAUCGGCUGACUGUGAAGGAUACAGUAGAAGAUCGCAUUUUGGCCUUGCAGGAAAGGAAGAGAGCGAUGGUUGCAUCUGCCUUCGGUGAGGACGAGACGGGCAGUCGACAGACUCGGCUCACUGUGGAAGAUUUGAAUUACCUAUUCAGGGUUGAUUGAGACUUUUUCUGACUGAAUAUUCUUUCACAUGCUAAUAUUUACAGCAUUUUUUAAAGCUUGAUAGCUUACAUAUACUGGAAAUGAUUUAGCCUUAGAAUACAGUGCAUAGUUUUUUGGGAACAAAUUUGUAGUUUGUGUAUACACAGAAGCAAAUCUCUUGUUUUCUCCUUGUGUAUAGCUUUUACAGAGUGCCAUUACAUAAA